AUGGCCGUCACCUGCCAUUUCAUAGAAAAUUACAGUAUGGCAUCAUGUCUACUGGACUGCUUUGAAUUUAGUGACAGGCACACAUCAGAAAACCUGGCUGAAGAGCUCCACCGAGUGGCAAGAGAGUGGGGGAUGGAGAACAAAGUUGUGUGUUGUGUCACAGAUAAUGCAGCCAAUAUAACAAAAGCCAUUCAGCUGCUGAAAUGGACACACCAUCCAUGCCUGGCUCACACCAUAAAUCUGUUUGUGAGAAAUGCUCUGAGGGCUAUAAAGCCCACUGUGGAUAAAGUAAAGGCCAUAGUGGAAUUUUUCCACAGAAGCACAGCAGCCACCCAAAAACUGAAAUCCACCCAACGGCAGAUGUCUAUGGCAGAGCUGAAGCUCAAACAGGAGUGUGUCACCCGGUGGAAUUCGGCAUUCCAUAUGAUCCAGCGAAUCCUGGAAUCUAAGGAUGCGGUUAUCGCAACAUUGGCGGUCAUCAACGCACCUGUGGCUCCUCUCAGCCAAGAGGAGUGGGAGGCUCUGCAAGAGGCCUGCAGCGUCCUGGAGCCCUUUGACCAGGUCACAGUGGAGAUCAGCGCAGAGAGGUAUGUUACUGCCUCCAAAAUGCUCAUACUGUGCAGGGGUCUUCAGAGGGUGACAACAGAGCACCAGAGCAGAGUCACCACAGCGUGCGUGAAGGAUCUGGUGAAUUCCCUCUCUUCAAGCAUGGACAAAAAAUUCCACCGGAUGGAAUACAAUGCAGUUCUGUCCGAAACCACCAUCCUCGACCCCCGCUUCAAAAAGGCGGCCUUUAGUGACAACAGAGCAGUCGACAAAGCCCUCCAAAUAAUUACCACAGCAGCAUCCAGGCAUAGGCAGUCAUCUCACCUGCAAGGGGGUCAUGGAGGAGAGGAGGGAGCAGCAGCACAUGAGCCGGAGGAGCCCCAAGCAUCGGCUGUUUGGAGGUUUUUUGAGGAGCGGGCAAGCGGAGACACUGCAACCAGGAAUCCUACAGCUGAUGCUAUUCUGGAGGUGAGGUCCUACCUUGAGGAGCCUCUUUUCCAGCGCAGUGCCGACCCACUGAGGUGGUGGGAGACAAAGGCACUGAUCUAUCCACAGCUCUCUUACGUGAUGGCACGUAGACUGUGCAUAGUGGCAACAUCCGUCCCAUCAGAGAGGAUCUUCUCCAAAACUGGACAGAUCAUAACUGAGAGAAGGAACAGGAUCAGCCCUGCCAAGCUUAGACACCUGGGGCCCUAUCUUGCAUCCGGCGCAAGUGACUUAAUCACUGGCGCAUGUGUCGUUGCUAGUUUACAACUGCCGCAGAGCGUUCUUUUCCCACCAGCGCCACUCGCCAGUAAAUUAGGGAUUGAUCAUGCGCCCCAAGGGGCGGUUCGGCGGAAGGAGGAGGCGUGUUCUGGCGCAAACGCUAUUUUGCCGUUGCUGAAUACCAUUGCGCUACUGACCAGGAAAUACCUGGUUUAAAGUCAGUGGCGCGUUGUUCAGAUGCUAU